AUGAAAGACCUGAGAGGGGCGGGCCUGGCGUUAGAGUCCAGCUCGCAGGACGAGGAGGUCAUCGACGGCUUCGCCAUCGCCAGCUUCAGCACCCUGGACGCCCUGCAGAAGGACAUGGCCCUGAAGCCACACGAAAGGAAGGAAAAGUGGGAGCGGCGCCUGGUCAAGAAGCCCCGAGAGUCGGAGCCCUGCCCCACUGCAGAGCCCAGUGAGAGCCGGCGGUCCCUGGAGGCAGGCAGCCCCGGGCAGGACCUUGAGCCGGCCUGUGAGGGGGCAGCCAGGAAGGCCCCGCUGCAGCCCUCCCAGCAGAUGAAGGUCACCAUGGCCAAGGGGGGCGACCGGGACAGUGACGAUGACAGCAUCCUCGAAGCCACCAGCUCCCGGUGGAGCAGCUCCCGGGACCAGCUCAGUGACAGCUCAGCGCAGGCGGUCUCGGGGAGAGGCUACUCUUGUGACAGCGAGAGUGGCUUGGAUGACAAGGCGUCAGUGGGCUCCGAGAAGCUCUUCGCCCCAGCAGCCAGUAAAGGCCCCGUGCACGAGGCAUCAGAGGCCAGGGCCGCGGUGCCCAAGGUAUCGGGCCUCGAGCGCAGCCGGGAACUCAGUGCCGACAACCUCCUGCCCGCCAGUCCUGCACACCCAGCCGCACCCUGCCCGGGGCCCUCGCCCGGCGCCCACACCAGCCCCCCCGUGAAGAGGGAGGCCCCAGCCCCGCCCCGCCUCGCCCCGCUGCCUGCAGCUUCCCAGCCCCGUGGCCUGCUCCCGACACACGUGCCUGUGGCCCUGGGCGCCUUUGUGGGUCCCAGCACUGGCCAGGCGGCACCCAACGGCCUGCACAGCCUCAGCGUGGGCAGCAGUGUCCCCCUGGGCCUGGCAAAGCACGUGUCGCUGCCCCACGGGCUGGGUCCGCACCUGUCUACCUCACACCUGGCACUCAGGUCCCAGGCACAGCACCAGCACCACGCGGCUACCAUGUUUGCCACACCCCCAACACUGCCCCCGCCCCCGGCGCUGCCCGCCAGCAGUCUGGUCAUCCCCGGACACCCAGCCGAUCACGAGCUGCUCAGGCAAGAGCUGAACACGCGGUUUCUGGUGCAGAGCGCCGAGCGGCCAGGCGCCUGCCUGGGCCCGGGGGCGCUGCUGCGGGCGGAGUUCCACCAGCACCAGCACACACACCAGCACACGCACCAGCAUACGCACCAACACACUCACCAACACACAUUCACUCCCUUCCCGGCGGGGCCUCACCCGCCCCUUCCCUUCCAGUUUGACAAGUAUGCGCCCAAGCUGGACAGCCCCUACUUCCGACAUUCCAACGUGAGUAUGUCACCUCCCCUUCUCUUGCAGUUCUUCCCACCCUUCCCUCCUGCCGUCCCAGGACUAGGGGCUGGAACCCCACACCCCCAGGCUGGCACUAACGCUCCUGUCCUCUGUCGACCUCAGGUUUCUGACCCAUUCCGGGCGGUGGUCAGGGUGAGUGCAUGGCAUCCUGGGGAAGAAGGGUGGACAGUGGGAGACCAAGUGGGGAGGGAGGUGGUGCCGGCCCCGCUGAGUAUGUCCCGUCCUGUGCAGAAACCAGGGAAGUGGUGCGCGGUACACGUGCAGAUCGCGUGGCAGAUUUAUCACCAUCAGCAGAAGAUAAAGGAGGUGCAGCUGGAGCCUCACAAGCUGGAGCUGGGUGCGAAGCUGGACCUGCUGGGCAGGCCCUCUGCCCCUGGUGUGCUCACAGGGCCCCACUACCCACAGGACCUGGCCCGGCCCCUCUUCUCCAGCACAGGUGCCGCCCAUCCUGCCACCAACCCAUUUGGACCCUCAGCCCAUCCUGGCAGCUUCCUGCCCGCGGGGCACCUGACAGACCCCUUCAGCAGACCCAGCACCUUCGCAGGCCUGGGUGGCCUCAGCAGUCUGGGCAGCCACGCCUUCGGGGGCCUGGGCAGCCACGCACUGGCUCCCAGCGGCAGCAUCUUUGCCCCCAAGGAGGGCUCCAUGCAUGGCCUUCACCCCCCCGAGGCCUGGAAUCGGCUGCAUCGCGCCCCACCCUCCUUCCCCACGCCCCCGCCGUGGCCCAAGUCCAUGGACGCUGAGCGGGUCUCCGCCUUGACCAACCACGAUCGAGAGCCGGACAAGGGCAGGGAGGAACGGGAGCGGGACCUCCUGGAGAAGCCGCGCCUGCUGAGCCGCGCCUCGCCGGCUGCCCCCGGCGCCCUGCCCCUCGGCGGCCUCCUGCUCCGCAGCCCG